AUGAUCGAUCAUGGUGAUGCAAUCCCCAAAAUGGAUCGUAACACUAGUGAUAGUCGUUUAGUACCUGAAGAGACUCUAAUGUUUGAUGCAUCCGAACAUCCUCAGGAACUGGAACUUGAGUCGGGGCUCAAUUUGCAAGAGGAUGACGAGGACAAAGGAGAUGCUGACUAUAGUGAAGCUUCUGAGGAGGAAGAAGAAGAAGAAACAGAGUGUGAUGAUAAAUCGGAGUACAAAUUUCAAUUCCAAGGGGAAAUGGACCCUUUGUCGUUUGCAGAAGAAGAAGAUGCCUCCGGUUUGCAGCCUUAUGAAAGAUUUGAGCGGAUAGAGUAUGAUUACGAGGUCCUGGCUGUCAAGAAGCGCCCCGCUCCUCAGGAAACCCUGAGUGAAGUGCCUUCUAAGAGGUUGCGGCAGGAUGAAGUACUUGGAGCAAGCUUUGAAGAAAUAAUGGAGACCAUGAACUACGGUAUGAGAAGACGGUCGAGGAAGAAUAAGAAAUCAGGAAGGAGAAAGGGAUCAAGAAAUAAAGUUAAGCCUGAAGUGAGCCGAAAACUUGGUGAUGCCACACUUCAUUAUGCACACAGUCGAUUUGAAGAGGCAAUUUGUUUGUUAAAAGAAGUUAUUCUUCUUGCGCCUAAUUUAUCUGAACCAUAUCAUACACUUGGUCUGAUAUAUACCUCUAUGGGUGAUAAGAAGAAAGCAUUGAACUUUUACAUGAUUGCUGCCCAUUUGACGCCAAAGGAUUGUUCUUUGUGGAAACUUCUUGUUGCCCAGUCAAUAGAGCAAGGAGACAAAAGGCAGGCAAAUUACUGUCUCAAUAAAGCCAUAAUAGCAGAUCCACACGAUAUUGGUCUUCGGUUACAUCGUGCGUCACUCUACAUUGAGCUUGGCGAUUGUCUUAAAGCGGCUGAUUCAUAUGAGCAAAUCUCCCGUCAUUGUCCUGAUAACGUUGAAGUGUUGGAAAAGGCAACUCAGCUGUAUAAAAAAUGUGGGCAGCAUGAGCGAGCUGUUUCUAUGCUGGAGGACAUUCUUAGGAAUCAUGACAAUCAUGCUAAGCUAAGUGUGGUUGAUCUCGUAUCUUCAGUACUCAUGGAAAACAAUGCAUAUGCUAAAGCUCUUGAACACAUUGAGCGUGCACAGCAGGGUUGUGUUGGUGAAAAAGAGAUUCCAUUGCACACAAUUAUAAAAGCUGGAAUUUGCCAUGUUCAGCUUGGACAUAUGGAGAAAGCAGAGGUUUGCUUCAGUGAAAUUAAACCAGAGGAUUCAUCAACUCAUCCCCAUUUAGUCAUUGAUAUUGCGGACUCACUGAUGACUGCUGGGCGUUGUGAAUCGGCAUUAAAAUAUUACAUGAUGUUAGAAGAAGACGCGGAGAAGUAUAAUGGUUACCUGCAUUUGAAAAUUGCAAGGUGUUAUGCUUCUAUGAGGAAUGGAGCGCUUGCGAUUGAAUAUUAUUACAAAGCUGUCAAAAAUCUUGCUGAUAGUGUUGAUGCUCGGUUGAUUCUGGCGUGUCUCCUUGUUGAAGAAGGAAGAGAUGAUGAAGCUAUUUCUGUGCUUUCUCCUCCAGUAGAAUCAGUAUUAAAUGGUGACAGAAAUUCAGUUACGGGUAAAGUAUGGUGGGAUAAUGGGAAGAUAAAGUUGAAGCUUGCUCAAAUUUAUAAAGCCAAGGGGUCAGCUGAAGGUUUUGCUGAUGUAUUGUUUCCUGUAAUUCGUGAGAUGUUGUUUAUCGAAACAAUCCAGCAAAAGGGGAAAUCCCGACGACGUCUGUCUAGAAGUGUUCUAUCAGAAAGGGUCAAAGUGUUGGAUUAUCAGCAAACUGACAAUGUGUUUCAUGGAUUUAGGCCUGUUGCUUCCUCUGCAGAUCUGUCUAAAGCUUCCAGGGCAAAGAAGUUACUGGAGAAGAAGGCAGCAAUGAGAGAAGUGCAAAAAGCUGCAGCGUUAGCUGCUGGAAUUGAUUGGAGGAGUGAUGAUUCAGAUGAUGAAUGUCCACAAGUGGUUCAGGAAUCUCCUCUGCCAGAUUUUCUAAAAGAAGAAGAAAAUCAUCUUUUGAUUGUGGAUUUAUGCAAGUCAUUAUCCUCGUUGCGGAGGUAUUGGGAUGCAUUGGAGAUAAUCAAUGUCUGCCUGAAAUUAGAAAGUAACACAUUGUCUGCUCAAAUUAAGGAGGAGCUUCGAACUCUUGGAGCUCAGGUAUCUUACAAUAUUGCUGAUCCUCUACAUGGUUGGGAAUGUGUGCGCUACCUUGUUAGUAGGCAUCCGUACAGCUUUUCUGCUUGGAGUUGUUACUAUAAAGGAAUAUUAAGGUUCAAUCAUUUAUCAAAGCGCAACAAGUUCCUUCAUAGCAUGAGAGUGAAGCACAAAGAUUCGAUACCACCAAUAGUGAUCUCAGCACACCGGUUUACCAUGAUUAGUCAGCAUCAAGCAGCCGCUCGGGAGUAUUUGGAAGCUCAUAAACUCAUGCCCGAUAAUACAUUGAUCAAUCUUUGUGCUGGAACUGCCUUGAUAAACUUAGGCCUCGGUCACAGACUGCAAAACAAGCACCAGACCAUAUUGCAAGGGCUUGCUUUCCUCUAUGAAAACGCACGACUUUGUGAAGGCAGCCAGGAGUCAUUGUACAAUAUUGCUCGGGCAUACCAUCACGUGGGUCUGGUUUCAUUGGCCGCUACAUACUACGAAAAGGUAUUGGCUGUUAGGGAGAAGGAUUAUCCUAUCCCUAGACUUCCAAACGAUAAUCAAGACUCGGAUGAUGCUAAAAAAAAUCCGGGCUACUGUGAUCUCCGUCGAGAGGCGGCUUAUAAUCUACACUUGAUCUAUAAGAAAAGUGGGGCAUUUGAUCUCGCUAGGCAGGUCUUGAAAGAUCAUGUUGUCUUGUGA